AUGGCAGAGCCAGGGUCUUCUCGUCCGACGGCGAAUGGUGCUGUGAAGGAGCCUGUGCAAAAGACACACACAGAAGGCUCCAUGAAACGUCAAGCUCCUGCUCCAUCACGACACUUCCUCGACUGGGUCCUGAAAUAUCAAAUCCCGCUCUCGUCGUCGCUGAUGCUUUUCGUGAUCGCCCUUCACGCCUUUUCCCCACAAUCACGAAUUUACACGCGAAAAUUCCUGCAACUUUCAUACCCCUCAAAUGCGGAGCACACCUACACCCAAGGUCUCGACGAUGUAUAUUUCGUGUUCGCAUGGGUUGUCACCUUCACUGCUCUUCGUGCCUUCUCAAUUGAGCACAUCCUGCAACCUCUUGCUGGUCCUUUAGGCGUUGCCCCCAAGAAUCAUCUGCGCUUUGCUGAGCAAGGCUGGCUUGUGCUAUAUUAUGGCUACUUCUGGACUUUGGGCAUGUACCUCUGGUAUAACUCCGUUUACUGGCUCAACAAUGCCGAAAUCUGGACUGCCUGGCCAGCGCGAGAGAUGUCCGGACUGUUUAAAUGGUACUAUCUUGCACAAUUGGCAUUCUGGAUCCAGCAAAUACUCGUUAUCCACAUCGAAAAGCGCAGGAAAGAUCACGCACAAAUGCUCACCCACCACAUCAUCACCUGCACACUGAUUUCCAUCACCUACGUGUACCGCUACACGCGGGCCGCAAACGUGGUUCUGUGCCUCAUGGAUGUCGUAGACUUGUUGUUACCGAUCGCCAAAAUCCUCCGCUACCUCCGCCAUGAGACCGCCUGCAACAUAGCCUUUGGCGUCUUUGUUGUGGCUUGGUUUAUAGCGCGCCAUGUCAUGUACCUCAUGCUUUGCUACGAUAUCUGGGUCGAUGUUCCGGGACCCAGAACUAUGCUGUUUGGUUGUUACAACGGCGCGACCAGCGAGCUCAUUCCGGAUAUGCCUGCGCACCCCGAUACCUUUGCCCAUCUCCUGUGGCCGUUUCAGAACCUGGACGGAGUCAUCUGCUUGAAUCAGGAAGUGAAGUACAUAUUUCUCGGUAUGUUACUUUCGCUGCAGACUUUGAGUAUGAUAUGGUUCGGUAUGAUUGUGAAGCUCAUUGCCGGCAUGGUGGUCGGUGGGAAGGUGGAAGAUGUUCGGAGUGAUGAUGAAGAUGAGGAGGAGGUUGAUGGCCGAGAAGCAGCCGAGGGGAGACGGCAGAUGAAUGUCACCGACUUGAAUGUCUGUGUAGGAGGUGGUGACGAAAUGGAGAGCAUGAGCGUUGGGCUGUCGAAAAAGCAGUUGCCGACCCAGAAACCUAGAGUCUCGGUCACGAGUGGAAGGCGGAGACUUGGGGUCACGGAAAAUAGUAAGGAGUUACUGAAUAGAAUUGGAUGCGAGAAGCCCAUAUGA